UUUAAUAUAUAAAAUGUUAUUAAGAAUAUAAUAUCUUACAAAUUAAAGACACAAUAAUUGUAGUGUCUCCGUUAUAACAAAAAAAACUAUCAGGCUAUUAUUAUUAUGAGUAUGUUUGGUUUUCUAUGGACUGGGAUACGUCCAUUUCUAAUAUAUUCACUCGUCACUUCUUUCGCACCGAACAACACCAAUUUAAAUUUACGAAGCGGCUAUUCGAACCCCUCCACUUAUUACGUUACGUUUUUAACGAGUUGACUGAACGUAUUCAUACGAAACGUCAUUCGAAAACUAUUGCUAUUCGAUCGAAGUGCCUACACGUUUGUUAUUCGGUUUCCAUAAAUAAAGAAAACAAGAUGACAAAUGCAAAUAAACUGAACUCCAUGCAAAAAAGUAUAAUGGCAGAGUUUAUGGCAACACACCCAGGCCUAGCGCAAAAUCUGAUAACAAAUUCCGCGCAGGGAAAAGCUAUCGCUGAAGAGUUGUGGGCAACUUUGACAAACCAACUUAAUGAUGUUGGCCCACCAUUCAAGGAUGCAAAAACUUGGAAGAAGGUAUUCGCCGACCAGAAAUACCAGGCAAAGAAAAAGUUGUCAUUCAAUAUUACUUUGAAGCACAACAAAAGAGGAGAUUAUCUUUAUGAGCAAAAACGUAUUUCUCUUGCCGACCAACAAAUUCUAGAAGCUAGUGGGUUGAAACUUAGCAACCAAGUCAUUAACUCAACGCUGCAAAUCCAAACACAACCCAGCAGAACGUCAUCCCCAAUAUUCUGCAGCGAAGGAGGGACUGCUGUAAUUAAAGUAGAAAGCAACGAUUCGGUUGAUUCAUUUAUAUCCCUUGAAUCCACUCAUCUGUUGGACAGAGAUACUCUGAAGUUUGACUACGACGAAGAAAAAAACAAUGAUUCGAUGUUAAGGCGGCAUUUCUCACAGGAGGAAUCCAUUCAAUCAUCGGAAAGAGAACUACGGAAUGAACAUGAAGAAUCGACCUAUCUCACAAAUACACAAGGCGACAAUGAAGAGCGACUCGAAGAAGAUGAAUCUAGGGAAGAAAGUCAUCAAAUCGCAAACAUAUAUCAAAAUAAUAAAAAAAGAAAACUUAACCUGGAGGAGGAGCACACAGCAUUCAAAUUCGUCCAUGAAAAUAUGUCAUCAACUCAAUCAGAGUUCCAACAAAGAAUCGAAAGUAAACUUGACCGCCUACUAGAUAUUCAGGAAAGAAUGCUCAAAAUCAAAGAGGAAAAACACAAAAGCGUCAUUGCAUUGAAUUUAAUAAAAUUGCAAAUCAAAACUAUGGAACUUGAUAAGCUGAAGGCUUCUCAGUAGUUUCUGUAAUUUUUUUGAAAUUCUAGUAAAAAUAAUAAUAACAUUCAUCGAGAUAUCAAGUGUUCCAAAUGUCAAAGAUGGCAUGCCAACGUUGCCGUGUUGUAUGUUUUUGUUAGAGAUGAAAAGUACAUUUUUAUAAAAAGUAGUGAUAUAGACCAGUAAUAAAGAGUAUGUGUAAGUUUAA